AUGGUGGACAAUAAAAUAUUAAAAGAAAAGUAUCUCUCCGUAUUGGCAGAAAAUGAAAACUUAAGACACAGAUAUGUAAAGGAAAUCGAAAAUAGCAAGCUGUACAGCAUCAGCAAUUUUGCAAAGUCGCUCUUGGAUGUUGCAGAUAAUUUAUCCCUAGCUAUUAAAAAUAUCAACGAAGAAUCGCUCAAGCAAAAUGAAGAAAUACACAACAUAUACAAAGGAAUACAGAUGACGGAGACUAUACUACAUAACAUUUUUAAUAAGUAUGGAAUUGAUAAGUACGACCCGAUUAAUGAGAAAUUCAACCCUCUCUUCCACGAGGCACUCUUCGAAAUUAAUGACGACACCAAGGAAAAGGGGACCGUGGCAACCGUUGUGCAGCAGGGCUACAAGAUAAAGGACCGGAUCUUGAGAGCUGCCAAGGUCGGAGUUGUUAAGAAUUGA